UGCCCCACUUUCAGUCUUCUCCCUCCCACCAACCAGCAAGCAAAGGACUUUUGUAAGCAUGGUCCUCGUUUUGGGAGCUUCCUGCCGAGCAUGACUGAGAUCAAGAUCACCGUGCUGGGAGGUGAAGGUGUCGGCAAGUCAGCUCUCAUCGUCCGGUUCUUCACUAGACGCUUUAUUGGCGAGUAUGCAUCCUCAUCAGAAUGCAUAUACAGAAAGGGUUUGGCUGUGGAGGGGAGGCGGAUUAACCUUGAGCUCUAUGAGCCCUGCUGUCAGUCCAGUGAGGGUAAAGAUGAGAUUCACUGGGCUGAUGGUUUUAUUGUGGUCUACGAUAUCAGCAAUCGCUCGUCCUUUCUUACUGCUACAACCAUAGUGAAGCUCAUCAGGGAGCUCCCCUUCGGAUCAGCCAAAAGGGAUGUCGAGUCUCUUAUAUUUGUAGUGGGUAACAAACACGACCUGUGCCACAUGCGAGAGGUACGCCGCGAGGAGGGUCAGCGUCUGGCGGCCGAGUUCCGCUGUCAGUUUUACGAGCUAUCGGCGGCCGAGCACUACCAGGAGGUGGAACGCAUAUUCUCCCAGAUGGUGCUGAGUGCCAGCCUUAGGAGCAAGGCGAAGGAGCGCAGGAGACGACCCAGUGGUUCCAAGUCCAUGGCCAAACUUAUUAACAAUGUUUUCGGUAAAAGGAGGAAAUCGGUGUGAAACGUUGGAGUAUGCGAGGAUCGACAUGUAGACCGGCCAAUGACAGUGACUGUGCCUGAAAACCCUGCCAUUGAUUGGCUGGACUACUUUCUACAGACACAGGCUUGCAAGUCGGCGGAAACUACUUCCCUACUACUUCCCUUUACUCUGUGGCUUAUUGGGAGCAAGUAGAAAAGGGAGGAGAACAAAAAAACGAUAACUACUGCACUUAAUUAUUACUGUCACUUUCAUACGAGCUUUAACAUGCUGAAGGAUCCGAUCUUUAUCCUUAAUGAUGGUCUGAUAUAACCAAACGUUUUAUACCAACAGUGCUGCCAGUAUUGCUUGGUGUUUCUCCUCUCUCAGUUCAUUUCCACUUCCAUGGUGAUGGCUUCACUUUUCCUUGGCGGAUUUCCACCAGAAGAGGCAGCCUUAUGCUUUGGAGACAUAAUGAAGUCCGAAAAGUUAAUUCAUAAGCCAUGCUAUUCAGUCCGCGUCGCUUCGAAAAAGGCACACACCGUAUUAAAACAUGGCAUACACUGCAUACUUGGAGUGUGCUGAAAGUGGUUCUUGAGUGAGUCCAGUGUUUACGAACCAAUUAGGGUUUUAAAUUAACUAUGGGAGACCAUAUACAUAACCACGAAAAUCAAAACACCGUAACCCGAGGAUCACCUGUAAGGAGAAUAAAAGAUUUUUUAACCUUUG